AUGAAGGUGCCAGAGGAAGAAGAAGAGAAGGUGACUAAGGUGAAGAAGACUGAAAUCAAAGCUGAAGCAAGAGACACUGCAAGGGUAGUGAAGGAAUUCUUAGAGAAAGAUAAUCUAGACAUGGAUCAUUUAGAAUUGACUGAACGGCCUACCAAUUUGGUUACACUCUCUCCAAUCCAGAAACUGAAGUUUGCAUCUUUUGCACAGGCCAAAGCAAGAGAGGAGAUUUUGAAAACUCACAUGGAGGAAAUUUUUACCUCGGCCCCUGCAACUAUUCCUCUGGCCCCGCCACUACUCCCUGGCUAUGCUCAGCCCCAGCCGCCGCUUGCUCCCCGGCCACCACCCGCAGCUCCCUCUGCUCCCCGACCACACUCAGCCUCGGCCGCCACCUGCUCCCCAAUCGCUGCCUAUGGCCCACCACUGCCCGACCUCCUUACGACCCAACAGCUCCCAUCACCGCCGGAACCCUCUGUACCUCUGGCCCGCCGCCCUAGUGGCCCCCGCUUCGCCACUGAAGCGCCACCCAUUGGCCACCGGAGCACUGCCCAGCCACCAGACCUCCUUUUUUGGCCUCUUUCAAGGGGGGUUUGUAAAAGUGAGGUCUAG